AUGCUUCAUAGAUUCUACCAAAAUGCAGAGAUGAAUCUAAAUCCAAAUCCGAAUCCUGGUCUCCCUGUUUCUUCUAGUUAUUCUCAAAGAGCGAUUGCUACUACUGUUGUGCAUUUGGAUAAUAUAUCAACUGAUAGUGCUGUAGAGAUUGAUCUGACUAUAUCGCAUCCUUCUUCUUCUUCUUCUAGGAGAGGUGUUGUUUCAAGGGCGUUGAGUUUGGAAGGUGGGACUUCUGAGGAAGAAGAAUACGUUGGAGAAGAUGAACUGGGUGGUGCUUCGUAA